CCCUGGAAGCCAUGGGGGGAGGAGGAAGAGCCUGGUGCCUUUGAUUUUCCUGAGCCCACAAGGGACCAGCUGCGCCUACCCGGGCAGACCUUAAAGGAUGUCAUGUCCCACAUGAAAGGCCUCCAGUCCCCACCUCGUGCCCCAAUUUCCUGGUUCCUCCCGAGCCUGUUCCCUGCCUUCAACGUAGUCCUGCUGGUUAUUUUCAGUGGCUUCUUCUUUGCAUUCCCUUGCAGGUGGCUGGCUCAGAAUGGAGAAUGGGCUGUUCCUGUGGUCACAGCUCUCCUCUUCACUCUCACCUUCUUCAGUCUUGUCUCACUCAACUUCUCCGACCCCGGCACCUUACAUCAAGGCUCCUUGGAGGACCCCAUGGUGGUCCAUGUGGUGUGGGUGCACCGCAGGGCCUUCCGCCUGCGAUGGUGUCCAAAGUGCUGCUUUCACCGCCCACCUCGGACCCACCACUGCCCUUGGUGCAACAUCUGUGUGGAGGACUUUGACCACCAUUGCAAGUGGGUCAAUAACUGUGUUGGUCACCGCAACUUCCGCCUCUUCAUGCUACUCAUCGUGUCCCUGUGCCUCUACUCCAGCACCCUGCUGGCCAUCUCCUUGGUGUUCCUGGUGCGCACCAGCCACCUGCCCUUCAACCUGGACAAGGCCAUGACCCUGGUGGUGGUGGUCCCCGCUGCUGGCUUUCUAAUGCCUCUCUUGGUCCUUCUGGUGAGCCAGGUCUUCUCUGUGAGCACAGCUGAACGCUCCUAUGAGGGCCAGUGCAGAGACCUUCAGGGAUACAACCCAUUCAACCAGGGCUGUGCCAGGAACUGGUACCUGACACUCUUCGCACCCCUGGGACCUCCGUACAUGUCUGACGCUGUCUGGCUUCAGAGACCGCUGGAGCCUGAGGGGGUACUCAUGCCAGUCCUGCACAGCCCACCGUGCCCUUGCACUAACUGUCACCUACCCUGCCCAGAAACUCCACCCCAGCCUCUGGGCCACUGCCCAGGGAAGGGUCCUCCAGGGGGUGGGGAGGCUGCCGCCCUCCAGGAGCUCCCCACCGGCUCUGCGUGGCACCGGAUGCAGGAGACUCCUGGACCAGCCCCGGCUUCCCGCUCCCCUUUCCGUCCCCGGCAAGGCCAGGAGCAUCUGCACCCACAUGCCACCACCUGAACCCCUACAAGAGGCUCUGCGCCCGCCUUGCCAGGACCA